GAGAGAGAGAGAGAGAAAGGCAGAGAGAGGCAGCAGCGUGCGGAGCGCAGGCCGAGCCGGCACAGGGCAGCAGAGGGCGCGGCGGCCGGGCUGAACGCGGCGCGGGACGCGCGUGGGGCUCAGCGCAGCGGGCGGAGCGCGGCCGGAGCCCCGGAGCCCCACGCGCCCGCAGCCUGGCAGACAACUGUUGCGGCGGCGCGCGUGGGCAGCCCCGCGCCCCUGCAGGCGGCUCCCGCGGGCGCCGGCUCCCGGCUGCAUAGCGAGGAGAGACCGGCGCGGGCACGAGGCAGCGCCGGACGGGUCAAUGCCAGCCGGAUGAUGACCAGUUGUGGCCAGCGGUCCCGGAACGUGCUCGCAGUUUUCUCUCUGCUAUUUCCUGCAGUUCUGUCGGCACAUUUCCGGGUCUGUGAGCCUUACACCGACCACAAAGGCCGCUACCACUUUGGCUUCCACUGCCCCCGGCUCUCAGACAACAAAACUUUCGUCCUCUGCUGUCACCAUAACAACACCGUCUUCAAAUAUUGCUGCAACGAGACAGAGUUCCAGGCGGUCAUGCAGGCAAACCUCACAGCCGGCCCCGAGGGCUACAUGCACAACAACUACACAGCGCUGCUGGGAGUGUGGAUCUACGGCUUCUUCGUGCUCACCCUGCUGGUCCUGGAUUUGCUCUAUUAUUCCGCCAUGAACUACGACAUUUGCAAGGUUUACCUGACCCGGUGGGGCAUCCACGGAAGGUGGAUGAAACAGGACCCCAGGCGGUGGGGGAACCCUGCUCGAGCCCCUCGACCAGGACAGCCAGCCCCGCAGCCGCAGCAGCCUCCCCCUGGUGCCCUGCCACAAGCCCCCCAGGCUGUGCACACGCUGCGGGGAGACACACACAGCCCACCCCUGAUGGCCUUCCAAAGCUCAUCUGCCUGAAAACCCUUUUGCUGUGCCUCAGGAUGGAGGAGGUUAGACCCAGAGCACCUGGUGCAGCCUCCAAGAACAGCUUCAACCAAGACACCAGGGAGAGCCGGGGCAAUGGUGUGGUAAUAGAAGAGGAAAAACCACCUGUGCCCAGAACCCCCUUCCGAGGACUUCUGAGAUUAGGAGCAAACUCAGGGUCCGGGGGCAAACAGGGUGCAGGAAAGGGGCUCUGAGCCACCUGUCUGCAAGCAAUAGUUCUUUUCUGGGCUGGUGGCUUCUGAGAAGAGACUUGGUGUGGACUGAGAUGACCAACACUUAGCUGCCCUGGCUGACCCCAGCCAGAAGGAUUUGGGGCCAUGACUUGCACCAUGGUCCAAACACUGACGUUUUUCCUGCCUCCACUCCCUCCAAUAGCGGCCCCCUUAGGCCUAUCCGUGUUGGAAUAUUGACCGUGAGUGUGUGCGCGCACGUGUA